AUGUACAGCCUGCGCGGAGAACGUUGGCUUGGACCUUACCUUCUUCCGAUCCUUACAGCCGUGCGAGACACUGUGGCGUUUUUCUUUGUCACCAUGUUAAGCAUCGCGGCAGCCACGCAUGCCUACGUAAUCCUGGGCCCCCGAAGUGGCGACACCUAUCCGGUCUACUCCGCAUUCACGCACACCAUUCGCCUUGCCAUGUUCGGAGAUUUCGACCUCUUUGAGUAUCAGGGCCAGGACACCGUCUUUGGACAGAAUGCGUCCGUGUGGGAGCCGAUCGAUCCGGAGCCUACAGAACUUGACGUAAAGACCUACAUCUACUUGCAAGGUUUGUUCUUCGGCACUGGCAUAUUCGUUCAAGUUCUGCUUUUGAACCUGUUGACAGGCAUUCUUGGAAACAACUACGACAAGCAACUGGAAAGGAAUGAGGUCCUCUUCGUACAGGCGCGGGCACGCAUGCUCCUUGAGCAGCAGCGACGGCCUUGGGCCCAGAUUGGAAGACUUUGGGACUGGCUCCUCCGUCACCCGACUCAUGAGCCCACGGAGAGCGUGGGCCCUCAGAGCGAUGGUAGUCCACGAGAGGAUUUCAAGGCACUAGACACAUAUUGGUGGUGGUGUCCGUUGGUGGCAGUCUGGGCUCUUGUCCCUUUGCGAUUUGUCUUGGCCCCGCCCGUGGACACAACUGACCUCCCUGACGCAGCAAGGUUAUUUAAACGCUUGACCACUCGCCUGGUGUACACACCUGUUGUCAACCGGCCCUACCUGGCUCCCUUCUUCCUGUUGCUAUCACCUUUCAUGCUGGUCUUCUCGCUUACGAUCUUUCUUGCCUUCUUCACCAUCUUGCUUGUGGCCCUGGUGCUGAAGGUCUUUUUGGGCAUCCAGGUGCAUGGCAUUCAUUACAUCCUGAACCUCACAGUCUUCGGCCUUUUUGGCGACCGCUGGGCCUCGGAGUGUGGGAUCUGGGUAUUUGUUCGUCCUGUGGACGGAGAGCUUGAGGACAAGAUGGACGACGUGUUGAAACAGCUGAAGGAACUUCGAGAAUGUCUGCCGAAAGCGGAAGCCAGUGGGUCAACUUGCGAGAGUCAAGGCCCCAGCUCUCCUCCGGGAAAGCCGAAGUGA